UUUUUUUGGACUGCUCUUCUUCUGUUGAAGCUUUCGGCGGGUUCUGUUAAAAUGGCGCUGUUGCCAGGAGUGCAAAACCAAUGGAGGAAUAACGACAGUGGAUAGAAGCAGGCAUAUUUGUCUCUGUGAAUAAGAUACACCAUGGCAGCACUUGAUCAAAAAUCUCCAAAUGUUCUUUUGCAAAGUCUUUGCUGCAGAAUCACCGGGAAAAGUGAAGCUGAGGUCGCUCACCAGUUCCAGUAUGCUGUGAGAGUCAUUGGGAGUAACUAUGCCCCCACCAUCGAACGGGAUGAGUUUCUGGUUUCGGAGAAGAUCAAGAAGGAGUUGAUGAAGCAGAGGAGAGAGGCAGAUGCAGUUCGCUUCUCUGAGCUCCAUCGCAAGCUGCAGACCCAGGGCGUGCUCAAACAGAAAUGGUCAGUCUUGUACCUGCUGCUGAGCCUUUGUGAAGACCCACGUAAACCAUCUAGUCGGGUUGGGAGCUAUAGUGCCCUGUUUGCCCAGCCGCUGCCCCGAGAUGCCCACUCCACCCCGUUCUAUUGCACUCGGCCCCAGUCCCUGCCCCUCAGCUACCCCGAGCGCGGUGUGACCCAAAACAACACCAGCAUGGGCACCAGUGGCAUCAGCAGCUUGGGAGUUUACUCUCUCAAUGGUCCCACUCCGACACCACAGUCCCUGUUGGUUGGGCACCAGGUGGCUGGUGAUGCAUCGAGAGGCGCUCGUCUGGCCUGGGCCCUCCCAAUCACAGCGUCACCCCCAGGGGCAGCAGCACCUACCUCACGGGCCCCUGUUGGGCCCCUGGCCCCAGCCAGCAGGGUCACCCCCCGCCAUAGAAGAGAGGGGGAUGGCAGCGCUGAAAUUGGUGAAGCCGCACUCGUCCGGGACAUUUUGUACGUCUUCCAGGGAAUUGAUGGCAAGUUUAUCAAGAUGAGCGCUUCUGAAAACUGCUAUAAAAUCGACACAAAGGUGCCAUUGUGUAAAUCCCUCCGUGACCUCAGCAGUCGCCUAGCGGAGCUGGGCUGGCUGCACAACAAGGUGCGCAAGUACACAGACUCCCGCAGCCUGGACCGCGCAUUCGGCCUGGUGGGCCAGAGCUUUUGUGCCUCCCUUCAUCAGGAACUCAAGGAGUACUACAGGCUGCUUUCAGUGUUGCACUCACAACUGCAGGUGGAGGAGGACCAGGGCGUGACCCUGGGAGGGGAGAGCACGCUCACCCUGAGGCGCCUCCUCGUCUGGACCUACGACCCCAAGGUCCGGCUUAAAACACUGGCCGCCCUGGUGGACUUCUGCCAAGGCAGGAAAGGAGGUGAGCUGGCGUCAGCGGUGCAUGCCUACGGGAAGACGGGCGACCCCAACAUGCGUGCGCUGGUGCAGCACAUCCUGAGCCUGGUGUCCCACCCCAUCCUCAACUUCCUCUACCGCUGGAUCUACGACGGAGAGUUGGAGGACACUUACCAUGAGUUCUUUGUAGCCUCAGACCCCACAGUGAAGACAGACCGGCUGUGGCAUGACAAAUACUCACUGAGGAAGUCCAUGAUCCCCUCCUUCAUCACCAUGGACCAGUGCAGAAAGGUCCUGCUUAUUGGGAAAUCCAUCAACUUCCUGCAUCAGGUGUGCCAGGACCGGACUCCGACCGGCAAGAUUCUGCCUGCCUCCAAGGCUGCCGACUCGCCCAAAGAUGCUACAGAGCUCUUCACAGACAUGGAGGGGGCCUUCCAGGAGAAGAUCGAUGCAGCCUACUUUGAGACCAGCAAGUACCUGCUGGAUGUCCUCAACAAGAACUACCUCCUUCUGGAGCACCUGCAGGCUAUGAGGAGGUACCUGCUGCUGGGCCAGGGAGACUUCAUCAGGCACCUCAUGGACUUGCUCAAGCCAGAGCUGGCACGGCCGGCCACCACGCUAUACCAGCACAACCUGACGGGCAUCCUGGAGACGGCAGUCCGAGCCACCAAUGCUCAGUUUGACAGCCCCGAGAUCCUCAAGAGGCUGGAUGUUCGGCUGCUGGAGGUGUCCCCUGGAGACACAGGCUGGGAUGUCUUCAGCCUGGACUAUCAUGUAGAAGGACCUAUUGCCACAGUGUUCACACGAGAGUGUAUGGGCCACUAUCUGCGGGUGUUUAACUUCCUGUGGAGGGCCAAGCGUAUGGAGUACAUCCUCACCGACAUCUGGAAAGGACAGAUGUGCAACGCCAAGCUGCUGAAGAGCAUGCCUGAGUUGUCAGGUGAGCUGCAUCAGUGUCACAUCCUGGCCUCUGAGAUGGUCCAUUUCAUUCACCAGAUGCAGUACUACGUCACUUUUGAGGUGCUGGAGUGCUCCUGGGAUGAACUGUGGAAUAAGGUGCAGCAGGCCCAGGAUCUGGAUCACAUCAUCGCUGCUCAUGAGGUGUUCUUGGACACGGUGAUCACACGAUGUCUCUUGGACACAAACAAUAGGUCCCUGUUGAACCAGUUGAGAGCCAUCUUUGAUCAGAUCAUUGAGUUCCAGACCACCCAGGACUCUCUGUACCGCUCUGCCCUGGAGGAGCUGCAGCUACGGCUGCAGUUUGAGGAACGCAAGAAGCAACGGCAGGAUGAGGGCGAAUGGGGUGUGACAGAGGAGCAAGAGGCUGCGGAGAACAAGCGGACUCAGGAGUUCCAGGACUUUCAUGCCAAAAUGCGCUCAGAACUACGGAUAUUGUCAUAUUCGUACCAAGGGAUAGUGCAGCAGUUCUUGGUGCUGCUCAUGACCAGCACAGAUGAGAGCUUACAGUUCCUGAGCUUCCGUCUGGACUUCAAUGAGCACUACAAGGCACGGGACCCCCGUCUACGUGCCUCUCUGGGGACCAGCAGGGGGCGGCGUAGCUCUUAUAUGUGAGCCAUCAACGGCGGCAGUGUCCCACUGGCCGCUGCUACAGUUCAGAGGCCAAACCCUCAUCAUGGAACUCCAGCCUUCACGGAGAGAGGGAUAUGAA